AUGUUGUCCAAAAAACUGUUUGAACAGCUAGAGUUCAUUUGCAGAAAAACAAGAAAUUCCAACCUAAUGUUUGGGGGUAUUCAAAUUAUAGCUGUUGGUGAUUCCUGACAACUCCCUUCAGUACCUGACAACCUAAAAGUUGAUGCAGGAGAGUACUGUUUUAAGUCUGAAAUAUGUGUUCAAUUAUUUCAGCACAAAUUUGUGCUUCAACGACAAUUUCCAUUGUGUCUUGCAUUUUCAAUAACUAUUCAUAAGUCACAAGGUCUCACUCUUGAUCGUGUUGAAGUAGAUGCAAGUUAUAUCUUUGUUGCAGGGCACUAAGGAGUAGCAACAGAAAGUUUCGACCACAAAAGUUCGUCUUCUUACCUUUUGCUUUCAAAAGAUAAUGUUCAACAUUCUGAUUUGGAAAAUAAUUCUAAAUACAAAAGUACACUUUAUGAGACAAAAAGAAAACAGAACCUUUCUCAGGGGUUAACAACUAUAUGUGACUCUAUGUUUGAAUUCAUCUUAGCUGUAGAGGAAAAAAGGAAACGUGUUCAACAUGAUAAGGAUAGAGAGGAGUGGAUUGGAUGGGAUUUGUGUGAUGCAUGGUACAACAGACAGUGUUCCCAAAUAAGUGAUGAAUUGUGGGAAAAGAUCGGCGACAGUGAUUGGUAUUGUCCAAAAUGUUUACAGUAA